AUGUUCUCCGAGAAAACGCCGAAACCGAUUCUGAGAAGGAACGGGCACAAGGCAGGAGAGUGGGUGGGGUGUCGAGUAUAUGGAGAUCCUGAAGAUCCGCCUGUGUGGAUUGAGGCACAAGUGCAGGGGGUUGCAUUCAACACGAAAGGCGAGGUUGUGUAUGAAGUGAAGGAGAGAGAUAGUGGCAAGACGACGUUCUUUCGAGAGAGUGACUUGUGUGACGUGGGACGGGUGAAGGCUCGAAACCAAGGUGUGACAUUUCAGGAAGGGGAGCGAGAGGGUGCUGAGUGGGAUGAGAAUGCGUGCACGGAGUAUAACAUAGGGUACUGGUAG